UUUAACCGGAAGUGACUCUCGCAUCUUUAUUUGCGUCCCGUUAUUCGCGUUCAUUAGCCCAUCAAUAGCAAAAAUAAUUUCGUUUUCUUCAAGAAGGUGAAUAGUCGUUUCGGAGAAAUGUGGCAUUGCCUGUCAAAUUAUAGACAUGUCAUGAACGUAUAAACUGAGAUCAGAGGUUUCCAGGCGGUGGGCGAAAUUUUUCACCAUUAUUAUAAACCAUCGGGAGGAUUUUGUCCGUGUUGUCUAACGCCAGUAUGUCAGGAAAGCAUUUCAACGUCCACGAAGUGGGCUGUUGCAUCAAAUACUUCAUUUUCGGAUUUAAUAUUAUAUUUUGGCUUCUUGGGGUGGCGUUCCUGUCUGUGGCUCUGUGGGCUUGGAGUGAAAAGGGAGUUCUCUCCAACAUAUCCUCCAUCACAGAUUUGGGUGGGUUUGACCCAGUAUGGCUGUUUCUGGUGGUGGGAGGAGUGAUGUUUGUGCUGGGCUUUGCUGGAUGCAUCGGAGCGCUGAGGGAAAACUCCUUUCUUCUCAAGUUUUUUUCCGUGUUUCUCGGAAUCAUAUUUUUCCUGGAGCUGACGGCGGGAGUAUUGGCGUUCGUCUUUAAAGACUGGAUCAAGGACCAGCUUAAGUUCUUCAUCAACAACAAUAUCAGGGCCUACAGAGAUGACAUUGACUUGCAGAACCUCAUCGACUUCACCCAAGAUUAUUGGGAGUGCUGUGGGGCAUUCGGACCUGAAGACUGGAAUCUGAACAUCUACUUUAAUUGUACGGACACUAAUCUGAGCAGAGAGAAAUGUGGGGUUCCCUUUUCAUGUUGCACUAAAGACCCUGCCGAGGACGUGAUCAACACGCAGUGCGGAUAUGACAUUCGAGAUAAAAAAUCAGAGAGUGACCAGAAUACAUUUAUACACACAAAAGGAUGCGUGCCUCAGUUUGAAAAAUGGCUACAGGAGAAUCUUACCGUAGUUGCUGGAAUCUUCAUAGGAAUCGCACUUCUCCAGAUAUUUGGGAUCUGUCUGGCUCAAAAUCUGCUGAGUGACAUUGAAGCGGUCAGAGAGAGUUGUUUGUUCACCUGACACAGCUGAGCGGUCCCACAGACCGAGCAUCAAUCUUUAGUCACUCGGCAACAGAGUCGGAACAUUGUCAUCGCAGUAUCCUAGCAACCACUGAAGGAUUUCAUUCACAUACCUCUUGUGUAGAGCGACAUCUAAAUGUUUUGAUAAUGGUGCCCAAGGGUAUAGUUGUUUUCUAGAUUUACUUCUAAUGCUUUUUUCACACACGGAAAUCGAACCACAUUAACGUACUGAGAUAAAACACAGCAUAUUGAUUUUUAAGACUAGCUACAUUGUAAAGAGAACACAGUCUGCACUAUUUUCUAAUUGUUCAUCUGUGUACACACGCAUCAGUAUCACAUUUUUUUUUAUGCAGGAAAAUGUUUAAAAACGCAAACUUUGCAUUCAGUCCUUUCCAACGCACUUAGUCAAACUGGUUUGAAAGCAAGAACAUGCCCUGUGCUUGGUUUUGCAUUGGUUUUGUCAGUCAUGAUUAGUUUUAUUGUUUAUAGGCUAAUACGAAAACUUUCACACAAUAUUUAUAAGUUAUUGGAAGGCCCAAACCGAAUCCGUGCACUUUUUUUUGUGUUGAUAUGAACUGAGGAAAUAUGUAUAAUUCUGUGAACUGAAUUUAAACAUGGUAAAAUGUGUUAAAACAGAGUAUUACCCUUUCAUAGCUGACGGCAGUAUCAAAUUUGGUAUAAUAUUUUUCAUUUAGUGUAGGUGUAGAUUUUAGAAAACACAGUAGUGUCCUGUUUACAUUGUUCAGGAGUUAGAGGUCACAUGAGUAUUUGGCUCUCAUCGUAACAUGAAUGUACAUAAAUUAUAUGUGGGGUUUUUUUUGUUCACGUUGUCAUACUUUGUGUGUAUAUUAACUGUUAAACGGAUUUUAUAAAAACACAGUCGCUUUCGAAACUAAGAAAAAAUGCACUGCAUGCUUAUUGAGAAAUAACACUACUUUUUUUCAGCGUGGUCGGCUAUAUAAAAAUAUUUUUGUGAAUUACUAUGUUUAACUUACAGUACUGUACUAGGUUUUGAAAUGAUAGCCACCGUGUAAAUGUGUCACUUGAAUGUUUUUAAAAAGUUAGCACUGAGAUUAUGCCAGAUUAAAUGCUUUGAUUCAAAUAGUCCGAUUCUGUAAUUUAAAAAAAAUAACAAAUUGGGUAUUUGAAUAGCUUUUAAGAAUAUUCAUUUCACCCCAAAAUAAAAACAUUCGGUCCUGGUUUCACAGACAAGGCUUCGCUUAAGUAAGGACUAUGCCUUAGUUAAAUAACUAUUUAAGUAACUUUAAUAAAAAAUGCCAUAGACAAUACAAUGACAAUUACAUGUUUUAAAAUAUGUCAUGGCAAGUUAUUUUCAGUUAAGACAUUUAUUUUAGUCUGGCACUAAGCUUAAAGGUGCAAUGUGGGACUUUUAUAAGGAUCUCUUGACAGAAAUGCAAUAUAAUAUACAUAACUAUAUUAUCAGUGAUGUAUAAAGACCUUACUAAAUGAACUGCAUUGUUUUUAUUACCUUAGAAUGAGCCAUUUUUAUCUACAUACACCGCGGGUCUCCUUACAUGGAAGUCAUCGCAAUGUUUUUACAGAAGCCCUAAACGGGCAAACUGUUCUACAGAGAUCGUUUCAUCCCUACAUUGUCGUUUCGAAAUGGAGGUGUGAGCUGCGGACUGAGCUGUUGGUUGCAAUUCACAAUCUUACCACUAGAUGCCACUAAAAAGUCCCAUAUUGCACCUUUAAGCCUUGUCUAUGAAACCGGGCAUAUAUUUUGCAUAAAGAAAUUGGAGACAAUUUGUUAUGACACGCCUAGCACCCGUUUUACUGUUUGAGCCAGUUUACUUUAUACAAAAUACACUAGUCAACAUUCGAAGUUGAUCAAAACCUUUAAAGGUGCAGUGUGUACAUUUUAGUGGCAUCUAGUGAUGAGGUUGCGAAUUGCAACCAACGGCUCAGUCCACUGCCCACCCUAGCUUUUUAAAUGCAUAAAGAAGCUACGAUAUCCCCACAGGACAAACAUUUCAUCGUCGGAGACAACUUAGUAUAAAGGUUUGUCCGUUAAGGGCUUCUGUAGAAACAUGGCGACACAAAAUGGCGACUUCCGUGUAACGGGACCCUCGGUGUAUGUAAAAACUUCUCAUUCUAAGAUUAUAAAAACAUAACGGUUCAUUUUAAAAGGUCUUUAUACACCACUGAUAAUAUAGUUUUGUAUAUUAUUUUGCAUUUCUUUCAAGAGAUCCUUCUAAAAAUUACACACUGCACCUUUAAUAAAAGUUUACAUAAAGCCAAUCCCUAAUACCCAUUCUUGUCUUGGGAUAACUUUGACAAAACUUUUUUGAUCCACUUUAAAUGUUGUGACUAGUAUAGUUUUUAUAGUUUAGAUUUUUGGGGUGAAAUAUUAACCACACAUGCACUUGUAACAUAUAAACUAAAAAAAUCCAAGCUUAAUUUAUUUCAGAAAUCAAGAUGGGAUUUGAAACAUGACCAGAAAUAUGACAAGAAUGUUGUGCUUUGAAAACGAAUCUUUGCCGCCUGUUAGUGGUUUUGUGACUUUUGUAAAAAAAAAAACAGGGUUUGUUAGAUUAUCUGAUGAAUCCAUGUGGUUGUAAUAAUGCAUUUUAUACAGUACAUAACACUUUCCACAUGUGUGUAACCUUCUUAGAUUAAAAUUUAUUUGUUUCUGAUUUUGAAGACUGUUGCAACCAUUCAAAAGAAUGGAGAACAGGAAAGUUUAGUAAUUCAGAUGUCUAAAUCAAUCCUAUUUUUGACUUGAUCCAAUGGUUUGAAAUAGAUCUCUAGCAUGAUCUAACAUUUUGGUAUAGGCUUUUGAUUGGUGUCCAUUACAGCAACAUAACAUUACUAAAUUUGUUUAUAAGGAAAAUGCCCUGUUUUUUUUUCAU